AGUGUUUGUGUGCGAAAGAGAGAGAGAGUUAACCACUGUCAAAGCCGAUUACAGUUUAUCGGGUCUGUGAUUCUGCCACUGUCUGUCCACUUGAGGGUUCUCCCCUUUGUGAACGACACGCCUCUCGCUUUCUCCUGCUUGUUAGUUGUUGUUUAUUUAUAGAAGCGCGCUUAUUUUUUUCUUUUUUUUUCUGCGAGCAGUAUGGAUUAAUUCUAGUGCUCUUGGGACUCGGACAUCUUUACUAUGAGUUCAUCUACAGAAGCGCUCCCGUCGGAGGGGCAACUUUUCCGUGCGCCACGGCGCCGCUGAGCCGCGCGUCUCUCGGUGGGAAAGUUUACACGCGACCCCCGGCGACCAUGGGCUCACGGUGAAAGCUCACAUUCCCUCCUCCCGCUCUCCCCCUCCACUGUCUUCUCUCUUCCAAGCCGUACAACAAAAAUGCAGAAGAGCGUCCGCUACAACGAAGGGCACGCGCUGUUUCUGUCGGUGGUCGCGCGUAAAGAGGGGACGAAGCGCGGCUACCUGAGCAAGAAGACGGCGGAGAACAGCCGAUGGCACGAGAAGUUCUUCGCUCUUUACCAGAAUGUACUGUUCUACUUCGAGAACGAGCAGAGCGCGCGACCAGCCGGGAUUUACCUGUUGGAAGGAUGCACCUGCGAGCGCGCGCCGGCGCCCAAGAUGUCCACCACCGGGAAGGAAGCGUUGGAGAAACAGCACUAUUUUCUCAUCGUGUUUGGUCACGACGGUCAGAAGCCUCUGGAGCUGCGGACUGAGGAGGAGAGUGAGUGCGAUGAAUGGGUGGAGGCCAUCCAGCAGGCGAGUUACUCUGACAUCAUCAUUGAACGAGAGGUGCUGAUGCAGAAAUACAUCCACCUUGUACAGAUAGUGGAGACUGAGAAGGUGGCUGCCAAUCAGCUGCGUACCCAGCUAGAAGAUCAGGACACAGAAAUUGAGAGGCUUAAAGGAGAGAUUAUAGCUUUGAACAAAACUAAGGAGCGAAUGCUGCCUUACCAUGUCAACCAUGAAAAUGAAGACCCGGAUAUCAAAAAGAUCAAAAAGGUGCAGAGUUUCAUGCGGGGCUGGCUCUGUCGGAGGAAGUGGAAGAUCAUCGUUCAGGACUACAUCUGUUCCCCUCACGCUGAGAGCAUGAGGAAGAGGAACCAGAUCGUCUUCAACAUGGUGGAGGCAGAGACAGAGUACGUCCACCAGCUCUACAUCCUGGUCAACUGUUUUCUCAGACCUCUGAGGAUGGCUGCCAGCUCCAAGAAACCCCCCAUCAGCCACGACGAUGUCAGCAGCAUCUUCCUCAACAGUGAGACCAUCAUGUUCCUACAUGAGAUUUUCCAUCAAGGCUUGAAGGCGAGGAUAGCCAACUGGCCAACCCUGGUGCUGGCUGACCUAUUUGACAUCCUGCUGCCCAUGCUGAACAUCUAUCAGGAGUUUGUGCGUAACCAUCAGUACAGCCUGCAGGUUUUGGCCAACUGUAAGCAGAAUAGAGACUUUGACAAGCUCCUGAAACAGUACGAGUCUAAUGCAGCCUGUGAGGGAAGGAUGCUCGAGACCUUCCUCACAUACCCCAUGUUCCAGAUUCCUCGCUACAUCAUCACCCUGCAUGAGUUAUUGGCGCACACACCUCAUGAACACGUGGAGCGCAAGAGUCUUGAAUUUGCCAAGUCCAAAUUAGAGGAACUCUCCAGAGUAAUGCAUGAUGAGGUCAGUGACACAGAGAACAUCCGGAAGAACCUGGCCAUAGAGAGGAUGAUAGUGGAGGGCUGUGACAUCCUACUGGACACAAGCCAGACCUUCGUCAGGCAGGGCUCUCUGAUCCAGCUGCCAUCAGUGGAGCGAGGGAAGCUAAGUAAGGUCCGUCUGGGCUCUCUCUCUCUAAAGAAGGAAGGGGAAAGACAGUGCUUCCUCUUCACCAAACACUUCCUUGUCUGCACACGCAGCUCCGGGGGAAAACUGCACCUUCUCAAGCAAGGUGGAGUUUUGUCCCUAAUUGAUUGCACACUCAUAGAGGAGCCAGAUGCCAGUGACGACGAGUCUAAAGCUGGCGGCCAGGUAUUUGGUCAGCUGGACUUUAAGCUCAUAGUAGAGCCGUCAGACUCACCGUCAUUCACUGUGGUGUUACUGGCGCCAUCGCGGCAGGAGAAGGCAGCAUGGACCAGUGAUAUUAGCCAGUGUAUAGAUAAUAUCCGCUGUAAUGGCUUGAUGACCAGUGUAUUUGAGGAGAACUCUAAAGUCACUGUGCCUCAUAUGAUCAAGACUUCCUCAACACCUUCCUGCACACUUACAGGAUUUUCACCACGGCAACGGUGGUCAUGGACAAACUGGCCGACAUCUACAAGAAGCCCUUCUCCUCCAUUCCGAUCAGAUCAUUGGAGCUGUUCUUUGCCACCAAUCAGAAUAACAGAGGUGGAGAACACAACGACAAAUCUCCUCGUCUCUGCCGCAAGUUCUCCUCUCCACCUCCUCUGUCCAUCCCGUCUCGCACCUCCUCCCCUGUCCGAACACGAAAGCUCUCCCUCCAUUCUCCCAUCACUGCCAGGGUCGGAGGCCUUGACCUAACCAGUCCUCUGUCAAACUCUGGCAUCAACCAUAACACUUCCCAGUCUGCUGCCAGUAGCCCCACAUCUGCCCACACCCCCCAAACCCCAACGCCUCAGACCCCGACUCCUACCACCUCCUCUCCUCCUCCUCCUCCCUCUUCCACCUCUCCCCCACCCAACAACUCCAAACCACUGCAGGACCAAGUUCCUCCUAUUCCAUCAUCCCCGGACCAGAGUCCCUGCUCAACUGCAGAGGGGGAGGAGGUGCCGAAGAUUGAUCCAUUUUGUGGCAAACUGAGACGGAGCAUCCGUAGAGCUGUGCUGGAGUCAGUGUCACUGGAGAAAAUCAUCCCAGAGUCUCCUCAGAGCAGUGAAGCAGGAGACAUGUCUCCGUGUCGCUCCCCUUCCACACCUCGACACCUCCGCUACAGACAGCCUGGAGUCCAGUCAGGGGAGAACUCACGCUGCUCCGUCUCUCCCGCUUCAGCCUUUGCUAUUGCCACAGCAGCAGCAGGACAUGGUUCACCACCAGUCUUUACUAACUCAGAAAGAACUUGUGAUAAAGAUUUCAUCAUCCGCCGAGCUGCAACUAACAGAGUUCUCAACGUACUGCGGCACUGGGUCUCCAAACACUCACAGGACUUUGAGAUGAAUGGGGAGCUGAAGAUGUCGGUGAUCUGUCUCCUGGAGGAGGUGCUCAGAGAUCCAGACCUUCUGCCUCAGGAGAGAAAAGCUACUGCCAACAUACUAAGUGCCCUUUCUCAAGACGAGCAGGACGAUGCACAGCUGAGGAUAGAGGACAUCUUGCAGAUGGCGGACUGUCCGAAGGCAGAGUGUUUUGAGUCUCUCUCAGCAAUGGAGCUGGCUGAGCAGAUCACUCUGCUGGAUCACAUCGUCUUCAGGAGCAUUCCUUAUGAAGAAUUCCUGGGCCAAGGCUGGAUGAAGGUUGAUAAGACAGAAAGGACGCCAUACAUCAUGAAAACGAGUCAACACUUUAAUGACAUGAGUAACCUGGUGGCAUCGCAGAUUAUGACCCAUACUGAUGUGGGCUCGAGGGCUAACUCCAUAGAGAAGUGGGUUGCUGUAGCUGACAUCUGCCGCUGUCUCAACAACUACAACGGAGUACUGGAGAUCACAUCUGCACUCAAUCGCAGUGCCAUCUACCGCUUGAAGAAGACCUGGGCUAAAGUUAGCAAACAGGCUAAAGCCCUGAUGGACAAACUGCAGAAGACUGUGUCCUCUGAGGGAAGGUUUAAAAAUCUGAGAGAGACCCUGAAAAACUGCAACCCUCCAUGUGUGCCAUACCUGGGAAUGUAUCUAACAGACCUGGCCUUUAUUGAGGAGGGAACACCCAAUUUUACUGAGGAAGGUCUUGUUAAUUUCUCGAAAAUGAGGAUGAUAUCACACAUCAUCAGAGAGAUCCGACAGUUCCAGCAGACUCCAUACAGAAUAGAGCAUCAAGCCAAGGUGACCCAGUACCUUCUGGAUAAGACUCUGAUCAUGGAUGAAGACACGCUCUAUGAUCUCUCGCUGAAGAUCGAGCCCAGGCUUCCUGCCUGAUUUACACCUGCUUGUGGCCAGUGGGAGCCUGCCGAACCUGGAUCCCCCCCUCCCCAAGGGCAACACGCCCACAUAAUCUCAUCAAUCAAGAGGAAAUCGGGAAGUUUUGAGAGCAACAUGGAAAUGAGAAAUCAAGACUGCAGUGAGAGAAGAAGAAGCAUGAGAGUUUUACAAGAGACUGUUGACGCAUGAAAUGUAAUUUCUAAGAUGUUGGACUGAUUGUCUUCAAAGAGAACGAGUGGAAAAGGUUUUGGUUGCAUCGUGUUGAGGGUUUCUGAGGAAAUAACAUGUCUCUGUGUGUGCUCAUUGUUCCUCAGUCGAGAGUGUGGUGCACCUGACAUCACACUUCCUCAGACCAGGUUGAGACUUCAGGAAAGGCUUGGAGCAUGAAUGGAUAAAAAAACAGUGGACAUAACAGAGAUGUAGCAUAUACAGCUAGUGUGACAGAGAGAUGUCUGAGCUCGUGUCUCUGUGCUGUUGUCUGUGUUCUGUUGCCUGUGCAUUUCUGUGCCAUGUCUUGGAGCAAGAGCCCUAAAAAUGCUUUUUGUCAUGAUGGUCAACUGCAAGAACUUGCAUGAUUUUAGCUUGGGAUGUAACUGUCUAAAUGGCCUUCAACCUGACCCCUGACCCUCAGCUUAGCAUGCUUCACUCUUUACCAGGGUGACUCUCUAAGCCACUAUGCAUCCUCAAUGGACUGGGAACGGCAAAAUGCCUUUAAGCUUUCAAAUAUAAUGUAGAAAGACACUAAAAUGAACGCUUAAAGAUAAUUUCAAUUUAAAUUUUUCAAUUUUUGCUGAAGUGGCUUAUUUUUAACAAAUUAAUUAAUUAAUUCUGUAUUUGUCUUUGGUCGGUCUUUGCCUAAAGACAUCCCAUGAGAAUGAAGAGCUCUUUAAAGAAAAUGUCCACAUGAAUGAUACAAAAAUUAUAAACUCUAUCAGUGCCUUCCACUAGUGUAGGUCAUUUUCCCCGCAAUUGCCAAUUUACAUACAGUAUAACCACGUUUAUAUAUAAAUCCCACUUAUAAAUCUUAAGAUUUCCUAUAAAAAUUGGACUAUAGUUUCACUCAUACAACUUUUUUCAGAAAAUAUUUUAUGUAGACUAAACAGUAGCAUGUUAGUGUAAACAGAGUCAAGUCAUUGCAGCAUCUAAUUGUCAGCAAAUAUCUCCCUCUAGUGUUUAAACAUAAUGAGAACCUCUACUGACCUAAAGCUUUUGCGGUGUUUGUGUGCAGUUUGAUUUUUUUGGCUUUUAUAAAUUGUCAGAUACUGACGUCUGUAGUCAUGUCCCAGUGUGUAACUCUUGGAUGUAGGCUGGGACAGUUUUUGCACUCUCUGAGAUGUAGCUUUGCUUGAGUGACAGUAUGAUCGUUAUUUACCAUGCUAUUUAUUUCAUCAGAUACUGUAUUUAUCUUAUUUUUGUAUAUAGUGACUCCACACAUAUCAUAUGAUUGCUGAAGAAACACUUUGAAUUGUCAUGCUGUGAAUAUAGAUUUUUUUUUUUUUGUCUCUCUUGUUGAAUUCUAGUUUUGCAUCCCAGGCUCUUGUAUUGCAAGAAAUCUGUUUAACUUUAUUCUUAAAAAAAAAUCUUUUGAAGGUUAAAAAAAUGUAGCAUUUAAAUAAUCUAAUUUGUUUUCCGUAUUGCUAAUAUGGUGAACAUAGUUGUCCUGCAUGCACACAACAGCUGCAUGUUGUGCAUGUCUGACCGGACACCCCCUGUACGUUCCCCCUCUGCUUCUCUAUAUUAAUAUUGUCUCUGCAGCUGUCGGGAGGCUCUGCUAAAAGGCAUAGAAACAAUAUUUUGUCCAUCAAAUCUGGCACGUUUGUCUCUCAGUGUACCUCACAAAGUCAAGCAUAAUCUUUAGGCUAUGUCAUCUGCAAAACAGCCUGUUGUUAUGCAGUAGCAGUGUUGGAAGUUAUGCAGGCCUCAGUGAAAACGGAGAAUUUUCCUCAUAAAACAACAAGCUCGUUCAAGAUUGAUUGGAGGAAAUGUUUUCAGGCUUUGCUUUUGGAAAAACUUGUCCUUUGCACUGCGUCUGUAAUUCUGAGUGUCUGUUUGGGAAUACAGGAUGCUGUGUUUGUACUGUAAUGUUAUUUUUGUGUAUUUGUUUGCAUUUUUCACUUGUAGGUGCA